AUGAUCAGCAGCGAGAUAGCCCUGAUCAACCUUGAUUGGUGCGCUCGUGGAGACGAAGCCGUGACGACGGAAUGGUGCACGCUCUCCCGGCUUCCUCCCGAGAAAAGACCAGAAUCCCUAGGCGAAAUCGCUUACAUUACGUGGUGCAGAUGGAAGGUACAGGAGCGUAUCUUUUGCGUAGCUGAGGAGUUGAUACGAGUGGGCUUGGUGUCGUUGGAUGCCAUUUACGCCCCUGUGAAUCUCUGGGAGGCAACACCAUCAGUGGCGUCGGUCAUGGCAGCUCUCGAGUGUUACACGAUCCUCCGGUCAUGCAUGGACUAUGAGGAGAGGAUUUGUGGCACUGAUUUCAUUCAACCUGUCCAAUGGCUUGCAACGCUUAUCGUCAGGUCCUGCGCAGAUUGGACAUCCAUUAUCAAUCGCCUAAGCACCAUACCGGUUCUUGAUGAGCUGGAUUCGGAACUAGCCUCGAGGGUUGGGCAGGGGCUGCGGAAAUUUACUGUCAAUCCAGAUGAAGGAAAAGAAGCUCUAGUGGAGACCCCCGCGUAUUGUUUUGGCUUCCCCAUGGGACCAAGCUUGCGGAUUUCCAUGCCAAAUGGGUCACAAGGUAUUUACAGGUGA